AUGCCGUUUCGGCUGAAGCUUCGCGGCCGAACGCGGCGCUAUAACGUCCUGAGUAAGAACUAUUUUGUGACGCGGAUUCGUCUGCUGGACAAUAAUGUGAUAGAGUGUACUCUGUCUGUGGAGAGCACCGGGCAGGAGUGUCUGGAGGCUGUCGCCCAGAGACUGGAGCUAAGAGAGACUCAUUAUUUUGGGCUGUGGUUCCAUACUAAAGCUCAGGUCCAGAGGUGGGUGGAGCUAGAGAAGGCUCUGAAGAAGCAGCUCGACAAAUUUGGAAAUGAACCCCUGCUCUUCUUUGGGGUGAUGUUCUAUGUUCCCAACGUGUCCCGUCUGGAACAAGAGGUCACCAGGUAUCAGUAUUACCUACAAGUGAAGAGGGAGGUGCUAGACGGACGGCUGCAGUGCAGUGUGGAGCAGGGCAUCAGACUGGCCGGCCUCGCCGUACAGGCGGACUUUGGAGACUACACACAGUUUGUCUCUCAGGAUUUCCUCAGGGAGUAUGUGCUGUUCCCCGUGAGCUGGUCUCAUGUAGAUGAGGUGUUGGAAGAGUGGACUCAGAAGGUAGCAGAGGAACAUAAGAGUCACUGUGGGAUGCAGCCCGCAGAGGCAGAGUUGCUCUACAUCAGAGAGGUGGAGAAAUUGGAUGGCUUUGGUCAGGAGAGCUUUGCUGCUAAGGACAACUACACAAAUGAUAUCUUCAUUGGUGUGUCGUUCAUCGGGGUGUUUGUCAAACACAGAAACGGCAGGUCCAUCAUGCUACACAGGUGGAAGGACAUUGGCAACAUCGGGCACAAUAAAUCAGCCAUCACCGUGGAGAUAACCAGCAAAGACGACACCAUCAUGUUUCAUACGGAGGAUAUGGAGAUGGCUAAAUACAUUGCCCGUUUGUUUACAGCCAGGCAUAAAUUCUACAAACAAAACAAAAUCUGUGCAGAGCCAGCACAUUCACCUGCACCCCUCCGGAGACGACCAACCUGGAACCGACUGCCCAGACCCCAGUCCUGUAUUUUGCAGCCUAUGCACUCUCAGUAUGCAGAUCAUUACCAGGAUACACAGAGUUCUCAGGACAGUAUAUUCCAUGAUGAUCCAUAUUAUAAAUCAGAGACGAGCCUGGACAGGUGCCCGUUGGAAUAUGGGUUUCGGAAUGGGACCGUUCCCAAUGGGAGCAUGUGCAGCAGUCCGAGCGUGAGCUCGUUAAACCAUUCCCAGACAUUCGUCCACUCCUCUCCUAUGUCUUCCAACCUCAGCAUUCCUGGCAGCGAGCUCAUGCGCCCCGACUACAUUCCCAACCAUCGCCAUUCAGCAAUAAUCCCUCCUUCCUACCGCCCAACGCCCGAGUAUGACACUGUCAUGCGUCAGAAACGACGCCUCCUCAAGGCCACGCCCGCUGACUGCCACAGCCAAUCCCUGCGCAGCCUCAACAUCAGCAACACAUACGCUUAUCGCCAACCUGAAGCUCUGGUUUACAGCCAGCCUGAAAUGAGGGAACGUGGACCCUACCAUGGCCCUUAUGGGGGACCACAGCCCAGUUACGGCCACCAUAUGGCACCCUUGCCUUCACACCCGGGCCCUGGCAUGGGUCAAAGCGCUGGUCCAGUUUCUCCCGGCGCUGGCAGUGCCAUCUCUCACACGGUCAGUACCCCAGAACUGGCUAAUUCCCAACAGCAGGGAAUCGGUGCUGGACCAGGAGCCCCGAGUUAUGGCACUAGCACAGCAAACAUGUUGAGAAAUCAUCUUUCCCGUCCACCCCCUCCCUACCCUUCAUUUCGGCCUGCUACGAGCACUCCAGAUUUGGGCAGCCACCGUCACCGAUGCCUGGGCGGGUCGAGUCCAGAACUGGUCACCCGGAAAGUACAGCUUUCUGUAAAAACAUUCCAGCCAGACAGUUGUGCCGUCGUCCACCAGUCCCUGCAAGAGGUUAGCGAACCGCUGACAACAGUGAAGCACCGUGCUACCUUGGCCAAACGCCACAGCAUGGAGGUAGUUGGAGGGCUACGCGCCGUGGAAUCUCUGAUGAUGAAGGGCAUCAAUGCUCCUCUUCAUCGUAGGAACACACUCCGAGAACAGUCUCCUCCAGAGCCACGAGGUGGUUCCACGUCGACACCACAAGGUGCUUACCAGCACCAGAAAACGCUCUCUAACGCCACCAUGCUGAUCCACAGCAGUGAGAGUGAAGAAGAGGAGGAGGAGGAAGAAUCACCCGAUUUGGACGUGCAGAUUCCCGGCCUCAACGAGGAUAUCAGCGCUCAGCUGCAGGCAGCCCUGGCAAACAUCCCAAAUAAGCCCCCGCCAGAAUACCCUGGUCCCCGCAAAUGUGUCAGCAACAGCACACUCAGACACGACCGCAACCAGGACCCAAACGCUCAGAAUGAGGCUGUGAGAACUGAGCAGAACCAGGGCGGGGGGACCCUGACCCGAAAUGAACAGCCUGGUCUCAGUGGUUCUGGGCUCGGCCCAUCUAUCUCCGAGCCAGAUUUGACCAGUGUGAAGGAGAGAGUGAGAAAAGAGCCAGUGAAAGAGAGACCGGUUUCUGAAAUGUUCUCCAUCGAGGACAGCAUUGUGGAACGAGAGAUCGCUCAGAGAACUCUGGAGAAACAGAAGAUGUCUGUGGAUUCGAUGAAGAGGCCUCUGAUGAUGGCAGCUUUAAACGGACUCUAUGUGACCCGCAUGCCCGUCCCGGAGAACCCUCACGAGGACCACAGCUGUGCCAAACCCAACACAGAUGAGCGGUGCAAGACAUUGGAGCUUAGACUAGAGGAAGAGAGACUGUUCACUGAAUAUGAGCAAAUUCCAAAGAAGAGGGCAGAUUGCAACGUUUCCACGGCGACACUUCCAGACAACACCGAGCGGAACCGUUUCCGGGAUGUAGUUCCAUAUGAAGAAAACCGUGUGGAACUGGUUCCGAAUAAGGAGAACAACACAGGCUACAUCAACGCAUCCCACAUAAAGGUGAAUAUCCGUGGAGAAGAGUGGCACUACAUAGCCACACAGGGUCCACUGCCCAACACUUGCCACGAUUUCUGGCAGAUGGUGUGGGAGCAAGGGGUCAACGUCAUUGCCAUGGUUACUGCAGAGGAGGAGGGCGGUCGUUCAAAGAGUCACAGGUACUGGCCCAAGCUGGGUUCCAAACACAACUCUGCGACCCAUGGGAAAUUCAAGGUCACCACCAAGUUCCGUACCGACUCUGGUUGUUAUGCAACCACGGGGUUAAAGGUUAAGCACCUGUUGUCAGGUCAGGAGCGGACGGUUUGGCACCUGCAGUAUACGGAUUGGCCUGAUCAUGGCUGCCCCGAAUACGUACAGGGUUUCCUCUCCUAUCUGGAGGAGAUCCAGUCAGUUCGGCGACAUACUAACAGUAUGUUGGACACAUCGAAGAGUCUGAACCCACCCGUGGUGGUGCACUGCAGUGCUGGAGUGGGCCGAACCGGUGUGGUGAUUCUCACAGAGCUUAUGAUUAGCUGCCUGGAACACAACGAGAAAGUGGAGGUGCCAGUGAUGCUGGGUCGUCUGAGACAGCAGAGGAUGCUGAUGGUCCAAACCGUGUCUCAGUACAAGUUUGUGUACCAGGUUCUGAUCCAGUUUCUAAAGAACUCCCGGCUCAUUUGAACCCAACAGAGCCUGGGAGGACAGCAGUCCAUGAGGCUAUGAGUGUAAAUACGUUAUAUUUUAAGGCUGCAUGUGCUCUUUCUUCUCACAC